AUACAAGGGUCAAUUCAGGAAUCGAGACAAAAAAGGAUGAUGGAGAGCGCUCGAACUGCUGCGAGGGGCGGGUUCGGAGAGGGGGCCACUAGGGGGAAAUGGGACAGCAGAGCGGUGCCCGCCGAUCUUUGCUCUUGAAAGCAGAAAAUGAACGAACCCGCGCGUGGGUCGCUGGAUCACCUUUCAGGACUGGGCUUGCAUUGAAGCCAAUUCAAUUAAGUUGCCACGCGAGCGAAGCAAUAGCCAUUCAUUGUCACGUGUGGACUUGUGCCUUUUCUCACUCAUUCAACCCCUCAAAGUCCACGCGAACCCCAGGCCACAGCCUUCACCAAACACCUCCACAUCAGUUCACCGCAAGCCUCUUCGAGGAAUGAUCUCAGAAUAUCGCCGCGAGGGUUGAUGGCGAAGGGAAAGAGGAGUAAUGAUCAAUAUUCCAUGUGCUCGACAGGCCUUCUAAAUCACAGGACACCCGUAUUCAUACACACGCCGGAACAAAAUAAGC